UUGAAUUUUCAAAAUGGUCCAUAUUUUUCCCAAGACUACUUGCACGAACCAUCAAAAAAUCCGCAAGCCCUAAAUCAAUUGCAUCAACAAUUUCUCGACGUCGUUUUGCGCCUUCCCAGCUCCACUUGGCAUCCUUCCACCGGCUCACGGUCGCCGGAAAACGACUGCCCCCUUUUCAAAUUGGAGCGCGCAAUUCGAUUUUGGGAACUUUUAAUUAGGGCAUGGAAAGAAGGAGAUGGUUGCUUAUCGCAAUUCUCAUAUGUUCGGCGACCUUCUCAUCAUGUAGAGAACUCAAGGUGACAGUCAAGCAUAAGCACAACCCUAAGCAGCAUGACACGGCAAUGUACAAUCAUACUUUUGCAACAAUAUUGGUGCAAUAUGCUUCAGCUGUAUAUAUGUCAGACUUGACUGAGUUGUUUACAUGGACCUGCUCAAGAUGUAAUGGUCUAACCGAGGGCUUUGAAAUGCUUGAGCUGAUUGUUGAUGUAAAAUGGUGUCUACAGGGAUUUGUUGGUUUUGCAGCUAAUCUUAAUUCCGUUGUGAUUGCAUUCAGGGGAACUCAGGAAACCAGUAUUCAGAAUUGGGUGGAAGAUUUGUUCUGGAAGCAGCUCGAUAUCAAUUACCCUGGAGUUGAUGGUGCAAUGGUUCAUCAUGGUUUUUAUGAUGCUUAUAACGACUCUUCAUUACGCCCUGGAGUUCUAAGUGCUGUUCAACUAGCGAAGGAGCUAUAUGGAGACACUAAUAUCAUAGUAACUGGGCACUCAAUGGGAGGAGCAAUGGCUGCAUUAUGCGGACUUGAUCUUCGUCUCACUCUUGGAGAGCAGCAGAAAGUCCAGGUUAUGACGUUUGGGCAACCUAGGAUUGGAAAUGCUGUUUUUGCAUCUUACUAUUACCAAGUUGUGCCGGAUACCUUUCGUAUCGUACAUGGAAAUGAUAUGGUGCCUCAUUUGCCCCCCUAUUACUAUUAUUUUCCGCAGAAGACAUACCAUCACUUCCCAAGAGAGGUCUGGAUCCAUGAUCUUGCAUUUGGGAGCUUUGUUUAUACAGUCGAGAAGGUUUGUGAUGGUUCUGGGGAAGACCCAACUUGUAGCAGGUCGGUGAGGGGAAACAGCAUCGCUGAUCACUUGACAUACUAUGGCGUUGAAAUGGGAUGCAACGAGUCAACAAACAUGUGCAGGAUUGUGAUGGACCCGCGUCUUGCUGCCUACGGUACAACAGAUGUUGAUGGAAAUUUCGUCGUAUUGAGGAAUCCAUCAACGCCGGUCUUGAAACUAAAUACAGACGGAGGCAAUCAACGCACCUCUGUUUAGAUGCUGAUUCAGGCCAAACCACACCAAUUUUCUCAGAGGUGGAUUCAUUGAUCAGCUCAUAUUCAUUCAAGAGAGAAAAAAAAAAAAAAAACUGUAGAUACUGUUCACGUGUAAAAUUAUUGAUGUCUUUGUAAAUAACAAUAUCCACUGCAUAUAUUAUUAAUUAAAAUAACUUGUAAAUCUCCCAA